AAAAGAAAAUAGAGAAAGGGAGAGAAAUGCAAUAAUGGGAGAUGGACCAGACCAGAGGUGCAGGUGGUGAAAGAUAACAAACAUAUGACAAUGUCUCGAAAUUAAGAGGCACCACCACACAAACACACACACACUCUCUCUCUCUCUCUCUCUAGUAGGUUUUUAAAUCAAUAUUUUGUUGGAUUUUCAUGUGAAAUAAACUUGAUGGGUGAUAGGAAGCAAACGCACAUACGUCAUUAAUUCAACCCUUAAUUUCUAUUUCUCCUUCUUCUUUUUCUUCUUCAUCAAUAUCAUCAAUAUCAUCUCACUACUCUUCUCUAUAACAAAAAGCAUCUCUAUAAUCGUCGCUAAGAUUUACAAUGGAGCUUGGAGGAAAAGGUAAUGCAAUUACUUCCACAACAAUGAUCUCAACCAACACCAUUGAAGUAAAGGCACACACCAAACCGUUCCCCGAUCCAGAAGCCAAACCAGAGUCAGCAGAUCCAUCCAUAGCUUUAUUCCCGAUCAAGAAAGAAACCCAAAAAUCGAGGACACGUGUCGACCAACCAGCUAAGUACCGUGAAUGCCAGAAGAACCACGCGGCCUCAACCGGAGGACACGUUGUAGACGGAUGCUGCGAGUUCUUGGCCGGUGGUGAAGAAGGCACGCUCGGUGCGCUAAAAUGCGCCGCCUGUAAUUGUCACCGGAACUUCCACAGGAAAGAAGUGUACGGACACAAACAAGAUCAGAUGAUGAUAACUCCGGCUUUCUAUAGCAGCAACAGCUCGUACAAGGCUAUGCAGCCACGUGUGAUGCAUCCAACAGGUGAGAUUGGACGGAGGACUUCGUCGUCGAGUGAGGAUAUGAAGAAGAUUCUUAGCCAUCAUAACCAGAACGUUGAUGGGAGAUGUUUGAUGAUGAUGAUGACGACGACGACGAGGAAGAAGAAGAAGAGAGUGAGAACUAAGAUCAACGAAGAACAAAAGGAGAAGAUGAAGGAGUUUGCAGAGAGAUUAGGGUGGAGGAUGCAGAAGAAAGAUGAAGAAGAGAUUGAUAAGUUUUGUAAGGUGGUGAAUCUGAGGAGACAGGUUUUUAAAGUUUGGAUGCAUAAUAACAAGCAAGCAAUGAAGAGGAACAGUAACACUACUAGUGAAUUGUAAUGACCUACUUGAAGUGAAUUAUAUAUACUUUAUAUAUAUAAAUUUUGGCCUUCAAAUUUAUCAAAAUCGUGAAGCAUGAAUCCAUCACUAAAUAUGUUCAAUCUUAUCUGUUUUGUUUUUUUAAUGUAUUUCAAUCUGGGAUUA